CAGUAAGUUUAUAGUGAAAUAAACAAUUGUAUUGAACAAAUUAAAAAAAAUUUUAUUGAAUUUUUUUAGGUAUCCAGAAGCUGCUAACAAUUACACAUUUAUGCAAGGACAGAGAAGAUGGAAGAGGAUGCAGAGGUCACGUCAACCAAACGGUGGACGCAUUCCCGAAGACAUCCAUGAGCUUGCUGAAGCAUUGACCCGACCAGAGAAUGCUGCCUACAGUCAAACGCUUCAGACACCACUGUCAAAUUUCUUCCAACAAGAACUUCUAGUCAAUGGAUCAAGCGAAGGAAUUAUUUUUGAAAACCUGGAUGCAAUUAGGAUAUUUAGAGAAGAGUUGGCCACAGUUACAACAGUUGGAAUUGACGGGACUUUCAAGACUGUUCCUGCAACUCCUGCAGACUUGAGAAGUUUUCUGACUUUUCAAGUGGCAUUUAAGAGUGUAUCGUUCCCAAUGGUGUAUGUUCUUCUUAGAAGUCGGACAGAAGAAACAUACGUUACUGUCGCGGUCGUUAUCGCAACAACCGCGGCUGCCUUUUCUCGUCCGCGAUAA